CGUAGUAUUCGGCUAUUAUAAUAUACUAGUAGUAGUAGCAUAAACAGCCUGCAGUUCUAUCUCGGAGCUUUAUUAAUCCCGGCUUUUCAGCUUCAGUUUCGUUGACAGCACUGCAGCUUCUUCUACUACCGUAUUACACGACCUAUCUCUCAUAUCACCGAGUCCACGCGGAACUCAAGCAGGAAACAGAAGAACAAAAGAACCAUCACAAAAGUACAAUCAUGCAUCUUCGCACUCUGGCCGUUUCCGCCGUCGUCGCGGGCAUUGCCUCUGCGCAAUCGCUUGCCGGCCUCCCAUCGUGCGCCACCACCUGUGUCACUGAGUCGCUGCCGGCGUCUUGCAACCUUGAUCCAUCAUGCAUCUGCAAGUCGGACUCUUUCAUCAACGGCAUCGCCUGCUGUGUUUUCAAGGCUUGCGACACCAGUGAUCAACAGGCCGCCCUCAAAUUCGCGCACGGUAUCUGCGAUCCUGUCGGUGCUUCGUCGCUCCUGCCGGAAUCGGCAGGCUGUUCCAGCACGGCGUCCGGCAGUGCCAGUGCCACUUCUGGCAGCAGUUCUGCCAGCGCCACAGGUGCAGCAGCGUCGUCCUCCUCCGAAUCCUCCUCCUCCGAAUCCUCCUCCUCCGCUGUCGCCUCCGCCUCUUCCGCGCUCAGCAGUCUCAGCUCGUCCGCAAGUGCAGCUUCAUCCAGCGGCAGCGCAAAGGCUUCCAGUGUAGAGGCCUCGGCAUCUUCCUCUGCAUCCCAAGCGGCAUCCUCCGCCUCGGCUGCUGCCACCACAAAGUCCAGUGGGCUUGCUGCUGACCGCCUGAGUGUCUCCGGUGCUGGCCUCAGUGCUGUCGGUGCAGCUUUCUUGGGUUUGGCUGCCUUUUUGUAGGAGUCUUCCUCGCGCCGUAAGGGGAGUCGGCCAACUGGUCUUGCUCACGCCGAGCCACCAGCCAAAGAGUGGAACUGCAAACUGCAUUUGCUGGCACGCGAGAAUCUGUAUACCCUCUGUAUCCAGAUGGCUCUGUAAUAUUUAUUUGAUAAUGCCAACCUGAGUUUUUGCCUGACAAUAUCGUGGUUGUCAAGAUCGCGUCUGAGCUCACGACAUGGGAUUUCCAAAUCGGUCCGUUAGUCAUACCUGUGACAAAUCAAGAACACAGCAUCCUUGUAGGCAUGUUAUACUGGUACGGUAUUCCUUCAUCGCC